AUGUCCACACCUUCCAAGAGUCGUUCGCCAGCUAGAGGAGAUGAAGGCUAUUUCGAAUGGCGCGAGACCAUGGAAAGGCAACAGCUAGAGAGCGAGCGACAAAUGCAGGCUCUCCUCCAGGAAAUGACGAGAUUAAGAGAAGAAAACACGGUGUUACGCCUCCAGGAGAAUGAGUCCUUAAGAGAAUUCGUGAAACGGUUUGGUCAGGCUGUGUUACAAGUGAAGGCCUACAACAUGGAUGUUGUCAUCCAAAUCUUCAAACGAAGCAUAUGCCCAGGUACCCCAUUCUUUGAAUCACUUGUUAAAAAGCCUCCCACAACUAUGAAUGAUUUGUUCCGGCGCGCAAGCAAAUACUCAAUGCUGGAAGAUGAUGUGCGUGUAACCACCCAACAAAUUUUGGUCGUCGGACAGACAUCUAGAAGUGACGUGGAAAGAAGUUCCAGACCUCCGGACCAACCAAGGCCGUCUGGUCGAAGGCAGAGGGAGCAAAAUUGCCCGGAAUUGUCGUCUCUCACUCCCCUUACUGUGUCAUAUGAGAAGCUCCUUCCUAUGAUCCAAGACCUGUCCGACUUUAGGUGGCCCGAACCCAUCAGAAUGGACCCAGCCAAGAGAGAUCAUAGCAAGAAGUGUGCUUACCACAAAGAGCAUGGUCAUAUUACGGAGCGAUGCAGGAGUCUCCAUUACUUGGUAGAAAGGCUUAUAAAAGUAGGACAUUUGAAGGCCCCCGUCGCCCCUAAGGCCAUCAUCAAUUACAUCCACGGAGGACCACUGGAUGAGGAGUACAACUCCAAACGAAAGAGUCAGAGGUUGCUAGGAGCAGCGUCGGUGCGUGAGCGCGUCAAUUCCAUCCGACCUGGGUUGACUGACGGGAGCACCCACCCGAUAGAUGGGAUGAUUGUCUUCCUCCUAGUGAAUCCCACGAAAAUAUUACAACCACACCGUGACGCCCUCAUCAUAUCCCUAGGGAUGGGAGACUUUGAUGUGAGAUGGAUCAUAGUCGACCCAAGUAGCUCGACUGACCUCUUACAGGCAUCAGUAAUCAAACAGAUGGGACUCGAGCUAUCCGGCUUAGAAAAUCAUGGGUGGAUCUUGUCGGGAUUCAAUGAAGCGUCAAUCACCUUCCUUGGAGGCGUUGUGCUACCGGUCCAAGCAGGUCUAGUCACUCUUAACGUACAAUUUUCAGUGGUAGAAGAUUUGUCCCCCUUUAAUGCCAUCUUGGGACGCACGUGGUUGCACUACAUGAAAGUCAUCCCUUCCACAUACCAUAAGAUGGUAAGCUUUCUCACUGAGGAUGAACAAAUUGAUCUAUACGGCAGCCAGCUAGCCGCUCGCCAAUGCUAUCAAAUAGUGCUAGAAAUCAGGUCCAACAAAGAUGGUGAGCCCCUUCCCGAAACCACCAAUGUACCUAACCAAUAG